AUGAUUAAUAUCACAUCUUCUACUGGACCUACAGCUAAACCUCGGAGUAAAACUCGGAAUUCAACAGAAACAUUCGCUGUUACUCCUCCUCCAAUAUCUAUCAAUACUUCAGAAGAUCAUUUAGCUUCAAAAACUUCAACUGGUAUUAACAGACCAAAACUUCCUGUUGAUCCAGUUAUUAAAAUUGCUACCGAAGAAGAUACUUCAGAAUGCCCAUCCCAUCGUGCUUCAGCGGAGAAAAAGUAUCAAGAUACUUUGGAUGUGCAAGGAAACGAUGAUGAUGCUUAUAGUAGCGGAGGUGAAGAAAUUUAUGUUAUUUCUCGACGAGUUGGAUUCACAGAUGAUGUUGAAGACAAUGAAGAGAAAUCGAAUCAGAAGCUUAUUCGGCGUGAUACACCACAUUAUACAAAACGAGCUAGAAUCCAGUCAAAAACUGCUGAUGGAGUGGAUAGUGAAGAAGCAGUUUUGAAAAUCUUGGAAAAGUAUCGAGCAUCUGUUUCACCGAAUCCUGAUUCAAAUUCAACUGAUGCUGACAAAACAGGAAAACGGUUUGCAUCGCCAUAUAGUAGUUUAUGCGCUUUGGAUAUUCCUUUACAAACUCGUGAAUUAAGUUCCCCGUCAUCUUUACACCGGCAACCUGCUCCUCUUAUGCAAGAACAAGUUGAAGUGCAUAUUCAUCGUCAAUCUGGUGCUGGUUUAGGCUUGAGUGUUGCUGGUGGAGUUGGAUCAAUACCAUUCCGUGGUUCAGAUUAUGGAAUAUUUGUUAGCCGACUAAAUCCCACAGGACUGGCUGCUGCUUCUGGACUUAAACUCGGAGACAAAUUGUUAGAGGUUAAUGGUGUUAAUCUUGUCAAUGUUGAACAUCAUGUGGCUGUCGCUGCUUUGCGUGCCAAUACCAACUACUUCCGUGUAAUUGUUGCUCGUGAUAUCAAUCCGUCUAAUAAAUCAGAUAGUGUUAAACUAGUUUCUUCCCCUUUGUCCAUUUCAACAACUACAACAACAACAACAACAACUGGCGGUGUCGCUUUGUCUACUAAUUCUCCGCUGAUGGGAAGCAUUAAUACGAAAAGCAUACCUGAACACAUUCAUUGUACAUUGACUCGAGAUUCAAAUGGUCUUGGAUUUAGUAUUGCUGGUGGUCGAGGCUCACUUCCUCCACCGUUGGAUAAUGAAACUAUUUAUGUUAGUAAAAUAACUGAAGGCGGAGCUGCUCAAAAACAAGGUCGGAUUCAGAUUGGAGACCAAAUAAUUAGUAUAAAUGGCGUUGAUGUUAGGAAUGCUCGUCACGAUGAAGCUAUUUCACUAUUAACUGGUUCUCAGUCUGUAGAUGUUGAACUGCUUCGUUAUACUACUAAUACUACUACUACUACUGAUGACAGUGGUACUUUCAAUGGUCUCUCAAAAACAUCUAAUGGUUUUAUGACAUCACCGUCAAUACCGAGUAUCAAGAGAUCGGAUGAUUUUAAAAAUACUACAAAGUCAGGCGAUCUUGUUAAUUCAGACAGUUUUAUUUCUGGAAAGUCUGAUUCUCGAGUUUACCUUUAUAGUGAAAAAGGUAUACCUGUAGAAAAAAUCACUAUUCGUAAUGAUGGUGGACCUCUUGGCUUAGCUAUUUGCGGUGGAUCAGAUAUCAGUUGUCUUCCAUUUGGUAGUAAAGAACCAGGUAUUUUUAUAUCCAAGAUUUCUGCGGAUGGUGCUGCUGUUAAUACUGGUUUACGCAUUGGAGACAGAGUUCUUAAAGUUAAUGGAGUGGAUCUAAGACAUGCUACACACGAUGAAGCUGUUCAAGCAUUGAUACAACCUGCCAAAGAACUUCAACUUGAAGUACGCAGAGACCCACCCCCUCCCGGUUUAAGGCGUGUUACAGUGACCAAAAAACCUGGAGAACGAUAUGGAUUACGUAUUACAGGUGGACUUAACACUAAUGAUUGUAGUUUGGUCAAUUCUUUGGGAUCACGUUUCUCAUCACUUGCCAAUGAUGAUGGUAUAUUUGUAACUUGGGUUACACCAGACGGUGCUGUAGCUCGAGAUGGUCGACUGAAGCCAGGCGAUAGAUUACUAGAAAUUAACGGGCACUGGUUGAUGGGGGUUACUCUAGAUGAAGUAUUGCAACUUUUCAGAGAAGCUCAAUCAACACUGACUUGUGUUGUCUGUGAUGGUCCAGUAGAUUUCGCACUACAAAUUACUAAGACAACUAAUUCAAGAAACACGGAAACACCCUAUGCUAUGCCGGUUUCUAUAAUACGUUCUGCUAUGCCAUCAAUUCCUGACGCAUCUGUUGACGACAGUUCAACAUUGCUACCGCAAGUAGAAAUAACCAACAGUAUCCAUAAACUAAGCCUCGAGGCGGAUGAAUCAAACUGCACUCUGAAUGCACACCGCCCUGCACAAAAGUCGGUGUUCCAACCUGCCAGAUCAGAAACGAAUAAAAACGAAAAUAUACAUCAGGAGUCUAUAUUUGUAGCCUCUCCCGUACGUGUUUUCCCCAUGACUCAAGCGAAGGAGAGAAUGAAUUAGGUAUUCGAUGUUAGAAACGUUUCAGUUUAAUUGAAAACUGUUUUAAAAACUUCCCUAUAAACAGAAUCAUUUACACCAGGGUAUUUUUCCUUUCUUUCAGGAACCGAUUACACGACACUAACGGAGCAAAUAUUCAGUAGACGUUGA